GUUGUUGGGGGAAGAGAAGCUUGGGCAGCCGCUGAGCUCUGCCGCUUCUCACCUCUUCUUCACGUUAUUACACAUCAGUAAUAACCCUGUGCACAGUGAAAUAUAACACCCUGAGAACCGGCUCCGUCGCCCUGGAUACCCGUGGCUCUCUCUCCAUCUGCACUCGGUUCAGCGCUAGCCGUUGGAUGAUAAACGGACUGAAUGUGGAUUUAACUGCCGCUUCGCUCCGCAGGCCGCGCCGCCAUUGCUGCUGUUUUUAUAAGCUGAAUUCGUGAAAAUACCGAGGGUCUUUAGGCUUCAUAAUGAAGAAGAAAAUUCGCCAUCACCGGCCUGCGGUGCUGAAGAGAGAUUCCUCUCCCAUCAAGCCGUCGCCAAACCGCGAGACGCUGACAUAUGCAGAGGCGCAGAGAAUUGUAGAGCUGGAGGUGGACGGCCGCGUUCACCGGCUCAGCAUCUACGACAAGAUGGACGUCAUCUCCGACGACGACCCCACGGCGCAGGAGAUCAUGGAGUGCAACAGCAACAAGGAGAACAACGAGAAGCCCCAGCAGGUCCUGGUGCGCUCUGUGCGCCUCAAAAACAACCAGCAGAAGAAGAACGCUGCACUCAUGGCCUCACACGGUAUCACCAGCACACACAGCAGCACCACCGGCCUGUUGGAGGCAAAGGUUAGAACGGUGGAAUACAACCUUCCGGUGGUGCCCAGGAGGCCGUCGGCGUAUUACAAAUACACGGAAAGGACGGCGGAGGAGUUGGACGAGGAGGUGGAGUACGAUAUGGACGAGGAAGACUACGCCUGGUUGGAGCUCUUCAAUGAGAAGAGGAAGAACGAUGGCAUCAGUCAGGUGUCUCACAACCUGUUUGAGUUCCUCAUGGACCGCUUUGAGAAGGAGUCGUACGCAGCUACGCAGGGUCAGAGCGACCUGCAGUCGCUGGUGGACGAAGACGCUGUUUGCUGCAUCUGCAUGGAUGGAGACGGAGCUGACAGUAACGUCAUCCUCUUCUGUGACUCCUGCAACAUCGCCGUGCAUCAGGAGUGCUACGGCGUGCCGUACAUCCCCGAGGGCCAGUGGCUGUGCCGCCACUGCCUGCAGCGUCCGUUGCGGCCUUCUGAGUGUGUCUUCUGCCCCAACAGAGGCGGAGCCAUGAAGAAGACUGACGAUGACCGCUGGGGCCAUGUAGCAUGCGCCCUGUGGGUGCCCGAGGUCGGCUUCUCUGACACUGUUUUCAUCGAGCCCAUCGACGGUGUUCGUAACAUCCCACCGGCGCGCUGGAAGCUCACCUGCUACCUGUGUAAAGAGAAGGGUGCAGGAGCGUGCAUUCAAUGCGACAAAAUCAACUGUUACACCGCCUUCCAUGUCAGCUGCGCCCAGAGGGCCGGCCUCUACAUGAAGAUGGAGCCCGUCAAAGAAGUGACGUCGUCCGGCUCCGCUACCUUCUCUGUGAAAAAGACCGCCUACUGCUGCAGCCACACGCCCGAGGGCUGCGACCGCCGGCCGCUCACCAUCUACGACAAGCCGCAUCCCAAAAAUGGAGCCUGCCACAAGAGGGCCGACAAGAGGGGGAAGUACCGGGGCAAAGGCUGGCAGAAGAAGAAGAGUAAAAGAGGGGAGCCAGAACCAGAGCAUGAGACCCCCACCAACACUGGGCCCAGUAUCACUGCUUCAAGUUUCGACACCAUCCUGAACCAGGUGGCGGUUCAGAGGAAGCGUGUCUUCGUGGAGCGAGUAAUGAGCUACUGGGUGCAGAAGAGGCAGUCGAGGAACAAUGUGCCGCUGAUCCGCCGGCUGCAGGCCAACCCUCAGCCUCCCAAAGUCAAGAAGUUGGUCAGUGCUGCCGACAUAGCGGAGCAUUGUCCUGUUAAUGUCGUUCUACCCGCUCCAAUUAAGUUGGUUUGUCCGCUGCAGAAUCGCAUGGAGACGAAUCAGGCGCUGAAGGAGCAGCUGAAGGAGUGGCACCGCCUCCGCCACGACCUGGAGCGAGCGCGCCUGCUGCUGGAGCUCAUCAGGAAGAGAGAGAAGCUGAAGAGAGAGGAGAUGAAGCUGCAGCAGUCGGCGCUGGAGGUCCAGCUGACCCCCUUCAACAUCCUGCUGCGAGCCGUGCUCAGUCAGCUGCAGGAGAAGGACCAGUACAGCAUCUACGCUCAGCCCGUCAACGUCAAGGAGGUCUCGGACUACCUGGACCACGUGAAGAACCCCAUGGACUUCUCCACCAUGAGGAAACGCAUCGACGCUCACGAGUACGGGAGCCUGGACGACUUCGAGGCCGACUUCAACCUCGUCAUCUCCAACUGCAUGAAGUACAACAGCAAGGACACGUUCUUCCACAAGGCAGCUCAGCGGAUGCAGGACCACGGGGGGGCGAUCCUCCGCAGAGCCCGCAGAGAGGUGGAGAGGAUCGGCUUCGACUUCCCCAGCGGGCUGCAUCUCCCCGAAGCCCCAAAACCAGCGGCGCCAACCCCCUUCUCCUGGGAGGAAGUGGACCGGCUGCUGAGCCCCUCGUACCGCCGGCUGACCCCCCUGGAGGAGCAGCUGAAGGAGCUGCUGGAGAAGCUGGACCUGAGCACGGCCAUGAAGCACAGCCCGUCCCGCAGCAAGAGGCUCAAGCUGCUCAAGAAGACCAUCAUGGAGGUGCGCAGCGAGAUGAGCCUCAAGAACUCCCUCAGAAAGACGACACCAGCGACGGCCCCCAAGCCUGACUCAUCAGAAUCAGAGGAGAAACAACUACCUGAACCCCCGGCAGAGCCUUGCUCGCCCCCCGAGAAAAAGCCUUCCCCUUCGCCCACGUUAGAGCUGUUAGCGUCGCUGUCGCAGUUCCACUCCUCGUCUGGUGACUCGAAACCUCUGGAGUCCGUCAAACCUGGCGUCCCCAUGGAGCUCGACGGCGACACAUCUACCUCAGAGUCCCCCAACAAGCCCAACGGACACGCCCCCGACCCGCCUCUCUCCAACGGCGACAUCCACAUCAGAGCCUCUGGCGCCUGUAACCGACGCAACAACAACGUCUUCUUCCGCAAGUCCAAGAGCGCCAGCCCCCAGAAACCUCACAAAAAUCAGGGGGCGUCCGUCGUGUCGUCGCCGCUCGGUGCCAAAACCUUCCUGUCGGUGGUGAUCCCUCGCCUGGAGACGUUGCUGCUGCCCAAGAAGAGGAGACGCAGCAGCAGCGCCGACGGAGACGAGGAGGACGAGGAGUCGCCGAUAAAACGCCUCGGCACAGGCAUAGUGAACGGUUUUGUGGUGGAGGAAGAAGGGGAAAUCUCUCCGUCUCCACGACUGCUGGAGCCUCGGCGCCGCUGUGCCUCCGAGUCGAGCAUCUCCUCCAGCGGGAGCGUCCUCUGCAGCACCAGCACCGUCAUCGUGCCUAAAAGCGGUAAAGGGCGGUCGCCGGCGGCUCGACGGAGCACGGUGGACGAUAAGAGCACUCUGAUGACCUGCAUCGAGAACGGGGCGUUCCCCAAAGCUGCCAAAGUGUCUCCAGAGGUGUGGAAGCCCCCCCCUGCCUCUCCAUUUGUUCUGGAGCCUCUUAAACUAGUUUGGGCUAAAUGUAGUGGAUAUCCGUCCUACCCCGCCCUGAUCACGGCCCCCAGAGUGCGGCGGACGGGGGGGCAGCGGGGCGCGGCGGAGCUUCCCCCGCCGCCCCCCCCCCAGGACGUUCUCAGAGCCGGAGAGCAGAUGCAGUUCAGGUCCGCAGAGAAACUCUUCCUCGUCCACUUCUUCGACAGCAAGCGCAGCUGGCAAUGGCUUCCUAGAUCCAAGAUGGCUCCCUUUGGGGUCGACCGGACCCUCGACAGAGCCAAGCUGACGGAGGCUCGCUGCUCCAGAGGCCGGAAAGCUGUGCGCCUCGCCUUCGAUCGAGCUGUGACCCACCUGAAUCGUGUCAGCGGACUGAACCCCCCCCCAAAACAAACCCCCCCAUAAAACCUCCCAUCAGCCAUCUCUCCUCUCUCAGCUUUCAUUCUGAACACCUUCACAGCGGACACUCAAGCUUCCGCCUCAUACGCACAGACACAUGUUUACCAUUUCCUGCAAAACUGGAUCAUUUUCAUGUCGUUCAUGUCCCCCCCUCGCCCCCCCCCCUCCGUCUGAACUGUAGCUUGUGACGUCCAUGUUGUUUUGUCAAAGAGCUAUGCAAGGACUCGGUUAGCUGGUGCAAAUAACAAACAAUAAAAAGACUCAAACCUGGGCUGUGAGGACCGAAGAAUCACAGGACGUAACCUGUUGAAUGUGUCAGACUUGACCUCUGACCUCCUUCAAAUGUGCUGCAAGACUGCUGCAACAAUCUCACUGCCGCGCGUGUGUGUGUGUGUGUGUGUGUGUGUGUGUGUGUGUGUGUGUGUGUGUGUGUGUGUGUGUGUGUGUGUGUGUGUGUGUGUGUGUGUGUGUGUGUGUGUG